AUGUUCAGCUUCACCCUCCCGGUCCUAGCCAUGGCCUCAGCCGCCUUCGCAGCAGUCACUGCCCCCAUGUCCCUGGAUCAACGCCACGUCGCUCGCCAGACCCUCUCCGGCCAAGCGACCUUCUACGGCGGCAACGUCCAAGGCGGAACCUGCUCUUUCAGCACCUACACCCUUCCCUCCGGUCUGUACGGCACCGCCUUGUCAGAUAGCAACUGGAGCAACUCCGCCAACUGCGGCGGCUGCGUCGCCGUCACAUACGGUGGCAAGACAAUCACAGCUAUGAUCGUCGACCAAUGCCCCGGCUGCGGAACAAACCACCUCGACCUCUUCCCGACCGCCUUCACCUCCCUCGCCCCCGCCUCCAAAGGCAUCAUCGACAUAAACUGGGACUACGUCCCCUGCCCCGUCGUUGGCAACCUGCAAAUCCACAUGAAAUCCGGCGUCAGCCCGUACUGGUUCUCGGCCCAAGUCGUCAAUGCCCAUCGUCGUACCACUACCCUCGAGACUUCCACGGAUCAGGGUAAGACCUGGAAGGCGACGACGAGGCAGACGUACAAUUUCUUUGAAAAUUCUGGUGGAGUUGGUGCUAAUUCGGCUUGGAUUCGCGUGACGAGCCAGACGGGGACGCAGGUUGUGGUUAAGGAUGUGCCUAUGACAAGUGAUAAGGUUGUUACUGCUAGUGCUAAUUAUGCUUAG